CUUGGCCUUCACGAAAAGGGUAAAAGCAGUAGUAGUUGGGCGUUGGGGGCUAAGAUAUGGUUCAAACGGUCCUAUCUAUUUGUAGUUUACCGACGGUCAGAGCCUUGGUUUCCGUCUUCUUGCUCACUUAUUUUCCCCUGUUGCUACUGUCGGGAGGCAACGCCGCUAGUAACUACAGUAGAAUUACUGGACCUGUGCCAUUCUUAGCAUUAAAAAAUCUUACCUGGUAUAGGCUAGAUAUCCUUUCUCAGAAGGGUAUAAGCCUAGAAAUCAGUGAAGACAGGUCUAUAUGAAUCGAGUUGAGGGUGGCGGCGUUGCAGGUGGUCGGUAC